AUGAUGAAUAGUUUUUGGUGGGGUUCGAAGGGUAGUGAGAAGAAGUUCCAUUGGUUAGCUUGGAAUCGAAUGUAUGGGAGUAAAAAAGAUGGGGGCAUGGGUUUUAGGGAUCUUCAUUGUUUCAAUAUGGCUAUGUUAGCGAAACAGGGGUGGGGUCUUUUGACUUCGCCUAAUACUCUCCUUUAUAGAGUUUUCAAAUCUAAAUAUUUCCGUGACGGGAGGUUGCUUGAUGCACAAAUGGGUCAUCACCCUAGUUUUGUCUGGAGGGGUAUAAUGUCUUCUAACAUGGUCUUGAAACAUGGAGUUAGGAGGAGGGUUGGCAAUGGUAGGCGUAUUUCUGUUGUGAAGGACCCUUGGUUACCCAUUGAUGGAGCCUUUUAUGUGGAGGAUGAUAGUCUCUUUAUUUGGGGAGGGGAGGAGCAAAUGGAUUGGCAAAAGAUAUAA